CACGCCAUGGACAUGAAGGUUUGCAAGAGGAGAAAGACGACCAAGCUGCCUCCUCCGGCCGAGCUGCUGGACGAGCUUGUCACUGAGAUCCUCCUCCGGCUGCCUGUCAAGUCCCUCCUGCGGUUCAAGUCUGUGAGCAAGGCGUGGCGCGCAAUCAUCUCCGACCCCUUCUUCAUCCGCUCGCAUCUCCAGCAAUCUGCCUCCAGAUGGAGGCAGAACCCAUCGCUGCUCGUCACUCCGCACACGCUGUUUCACGUCAUCGAGGGCGAGCCUUGGCCUUCCACCUUCUCCACCGAUAUCAGCUUCUACCAGUGGCAGCAGCCCUCCUUCGAAGAGGAGGAAUCUGAGGCGAGGUUCGUCAUGCACACCGAUGACUUCCUCGAGGAGUUCAACUCGGUGUGCUACUUUGCGCACUGCGACGGCUUGGUGGUGGCCCCUACCAACACCAACGUCUACCUCUUCAACCCUGCCACCAGGGACGCCAUGCGGCUGCCUAUCAACAACCGCAACAAGAUGUACCAGUACCAGGCCUGCCUCCCAGUAGGGCUUGGCCGGGACCCUCGCACCGGCAGGCACAAGGUGGUCCGGGCCUUCUACCGCUCCAGGGACCCUCUCACGGGCGUCCACGACAUGGGGAUGGAGGUGUUCACUGUUGGCGUUGAUUCAGAUUCAUGGAGGGAAAUCACGCCCAAUCCACUAUACCCUGUCUCCGUGUGGAUCACCCCUGUGUUCGCCAAGGGGGCACUGUUCUGGAUCAUUGACAAGCCCGGUCUCGAUCCGAGCCCAUGCGGCAUCCUCCGCCUCAGCCUGGACGAUGAGAGCUUCAGCGUCACACACCUGCCCGACUCGCUGGACCCUGCCCUGGACGACUCCUUCAUCCUGGACGAGGUGCACGGCGAGCUCUUCCUCACCGCCUUCAGCAGCAGCGAGCUGUCCCGGCGGAAGCCCCUCAACAUCUGGACGCUGGUGGAACAAGACACGCGAUGGGAGCACCGCUACACCCUCGACAUCUCCGGGAUGGCGCGCCCGGUGGCUCUCCUCCCGGGUGGCGGCGCGAUGAUCCUAAGGGCGUCGCACUACAUCAGCCGCUACGAUCUGCAGUCGCAUGAGAUCGACAUCAUAUGCGAGCUGGAUCGCCUGAGGUACCAGCACGAUGGCACGCCCGAGGAGGAUGCUGGGUCUGGGCAGGAAAUAUUCUACUUCAAUGUAAUACCUUACACCGAGAGCCUGGUCCGAAUUUGAAUAACUGCUGCUGCUUAGCAGAGUUCAUUUGUUGCUCUAGCUCUUGUCGUAUUUUGAAGUA